AUGCCUCCAAAACCCACGGCGGAGAACCCACCGGAACCAGAACAAGAUUUACCCCAGCAGAUGUCAUUCUUCUGGCUGGUGGUGCCUCUUCUAGUGGCCUUAUUCUACGCCUGGUAUCUACAACAAAAUGAUGCUAUGCCAGCGGUCUUGUCGAAGUUAUUCAGGAGUGGUGAAGAAUCCGACUUAUACGACCUUCGAAUACUUACGGACCGAACGAUAUUUGAUGUGGUGGAUUUGAAGGGCAAAGGAAAAGGCCUGAUCGCUAUUCGUGAUAUCAAACAAGGAGAGCUAGUCAUCCAGGAAAAGCCCAUUCUUACCGCUCCCGACGGUGACAUUGCAGAAGUUCUCCUGAAUCCCAUCCUCCAGAAUCUUACCUCGGCCCAGACCAAGGCUCUCUUAUCGCUGUCUUACACACACCUGAAGACUGAGAAGGACGAAACUGUGAACGUCAAUGCGAAGAAUUUAACCCCCCGUGCACGCUAUCUUCUGGCCGAGGGUAUCAUCACCAACAACGCCGUUGGGAUUAAUCUUAACGGUCAACACUCUCUCGGUGUGUUCCCUCGUAUGGCAAGAUUGAACCAUGCCUGUGCAUCAGGGUACAACCUCGCCUACGCAUGGAGGGAUGAUGAAGGGGAGUUGAGGAUUUACGCGUUGAAGGACAUCAAAGAGGGAGAAGAGCUCUUGAUCUCAUACAUCGACAGUAGGCGGCCGAGGAAGGAAAGAAUUGAGAAGUUGGAGAAGACUUACGGAUUCACCUGCACAUGCCCUAUAUGCUCGUUACCACCUGAAGAAUCGGAGAAGAGCGACGAAUUACUGCCUCAGUUUACGCUAUUCUACACUGACUUUGCGCAGUGGUACAAAGGAUCGAUCACUGGCAAGGAAGCCAUACAGCAUAUACGUAAAAUUUGGCAAUUGACGGUCGAUACCGGAUACGUUCGUGAGAGAGGCAGGUGGGCACAAGAAGCGGCAUAUGUCGCCACCGUACACGGGGAUGAAACAUCUGCACGGCAAUGGCUCAGGUUGGCUAUCGAGUGGAUGGGGAUUGAGACCGGAAUUGAUUCUGUGAAAACGACCAACCUUCAAUUCACCUUAGAUAACCUCCAAGAGCAUCCUGAGCUCGCGAGCAGAGAAGUUAUGGAUGUGGGUGGACCGAUCUUAUGA